UUUCCACACGCCGAGGCUGCCCCUGCACAUCCCCAGAGGAGCUGGCAGGGCCCAGCCUCUCCUGGGGGAACAUGGACUGAAAGAGGAGCUUUGCCAGCCCCCAGCUGCCAGCACCCUUUGCCUGGACCCUGAUGGACUCGGAGGCAGGACUGCAUUACCAUGGUGAUGAUCUUAACCAAAACUCGGGAAAACAAAGGUGCUGACUCUGUAACAUGCAGGACUGAGCUGCAAACUCCAAAGAUGAGUCAAGGACCUACCCUCUUCUCUUGUGGCGUGAUGGAAAAUGACAGAUGGAGAGAUCUCAGCAGGAAAUGUCCACUCCAGCUGGAGCAGCCGGGCGCCAGCAUCUGGGACUGCCUGGACAAGGGCGAGGAGGGCUCGCGGUGGCCGAGGGACGCGGCCGCCACCUGCUCCGUCACCAACCUGAUCAAGGACCUGAGCCUCAGCGACCCCCACGGCCACCCCUGCGCCCCCCCCAGCAAGCGCCAGUGCCGCUCGCUGUCCUUCUCGGACGAGAUGUCGGGCUGUGGCACCUCCUGGAGGCCGCUGGGCUCCAAGGUGUGGACGCCGGUGGAGAAGAGGCGCUGCUACAGCGGCGGCAGCGUCCAGCGCUACUCCAACGGCGCGGCCACCAUGCAGAGGAGCUCCAGCUUCAGCCUGCCCGCCCGCUCCAACCCGCUGUGCGGCGGCCAGCCCAGGAAAGCGGCGGCCGGAGGGCAGGGAGGGGACAGGGGGGACAUGCAGAGGUCCCUGUCCUGCUCGUGCUCCGAGUACGGCGCGGCCUGCAGGCCGCAGCCGGGCCUGGCCCGCAGCCGCUCCCAGCCCUGCGUCCUCAACGACAAAAAGGUGGGAAUCAAGCGCAGGAGGCCGGAGGAGGUGCAGGAGCAGCGGCCCUCGCUGGACCUCGCCAAGAUGACCCAGAACCGCCAGACUUUCAACAGCCUCAGCUGCCUUAGCUCCACGGCCGAGUUGGGCUCCCAGCGGCUGCCGGGCCCCCAGCCCUGGCCCGCGGCCCCCGAGGUGAUGCCGGGCAGGACCCCCGCCUGCACCCCGGUCCCGGAGCCAGCACGGGCCAGGCCUGGCCAGCAGGCCAGCAGGGAUGAGCUGUGCUGCGAGGAGGAGGAGGAGAGCGCCGGCAAGGAGGAGGACAGGGCGGCCUGGAGGAGCGGGGGGCCGGGCAGCGAGAGCCUCUUCCAGCUGGACGGAGAGAUAGACAUCGAGCAGAUCGAGAACAACUGAGGAGGCAGCAGCUCUUCUGGCCCUGGGGUCUGGGGGCUGCCAGCAGAGCCACGGGGGCUCCUCGUGUCCAGCAAGUUUGUGGGGUCCUGUCACUGCUCCCCUCCUGCCUGCUGGAGGGGGCGAAGCAGCUUUGCCAAAAUUUCAUCAGGUAUUUAGAGGAAUUCGUGUGCAUGCGUGUGUAAAUCUUGAAAUUCUUUGUAACUACUGUAGCCAGAGAUCAGCCAGUGGGAGGAAAGUGCCUGUCCCGCAGGGAAACCGGGCACGGGGAUCGCCAGAAACUCCGAAUCCACGAGUAAAUGGCUUUUCCAGGAUAGGGAGCUGAUGGAGCUGGCCAGGUUCCCACAGGUCCCACCUGUGCUAGUUCAGAAAGGGGUGCACAGGGAGAAAGCACCAGCCCUGGGGCUGGAGAAAAGGAGGGAAAAGCAGAAUAUUGAGAUUUGCAAACCAAGCACUGGCUGGUGGCUGCCGGGGUGGCCGUGGUUCCUUUUCUCCCCUCGCUCCCCAUGUCCCUGGCAGUGCCGUGAGAAGGAAAUCACAAGUGAAGUGUUUUGCUUCAACUUAAUAAUGGCAAGAGCUGGAUUUUUACUCCUUUAUUUUUAGUUUUCCUUUUCCUGAUGAGGAAUUAAACAGAUCCCUGGCCCACGUGGGGCUGCAUCCACAGCAGUGCUGGCUGGGCACUGCACAGGGAUGCUCAAAUGCCUUCCUUCCCUGUUUUUUUUUUCUUCCCAGCCCCCUCUCUCAACUCUUUUGGGAAAAAAACCCUACUCAGGCUCAGUGCCACCCUCAUUUGGGUUCCCAACACCCUGUUUUGAGCAGGGCUGGACUCUUUACCCAUUUACCAGCAGCUGUGCCCACUUUGCUACCCAGGGCACUGCUGCCACCCUUUUUUUUUUUGGCUUUACUGUGAAGGGCUGCCUGCCCAAGGCAUGUCGUGGAGGGGUUACUUGACAAAGUCAGCUGGCAAGAGGCUGAAAAUCCAGGUAGCAGCACUGAAAGCUUUUCCUCUUCCUGUGCCUUUUUUAAGCACAGAUAAAGUGGUGACCAUUAUGUUUGUACGAUAUGAAUUCUCUUUGCUAAAAAUAAGCUGUCACUUGCUAACAGGUUUAGAAGGACGCAUAUUUUUUUUUCACCCUCUGUUUUUUUUUUUGUUUGUUUUUUGUUUUUGUUUUUUUUUGGUUUUUUUUUUUGUUUUUUUUAUUAUUUGUUUGUUUGUUUAAAGCUCUAGGAAAGCUGUACAAAUGGCUUCCAGCAUCUUCUGGAUUCCUUCUGCUGGUUCCUUCAAGCUCAGGGGUCACUUCCCGAGCUUUGCAAACAUGAGAAAGGAAAAAAACCUUUGAUACCAAGAGCAGUUGAAGACAGGACAUUUUUAAAGGGGUUCAGCACCCCUGCUGGCAAUGCCUUGAGGGUCCAUAACUCAGAAAGGCUGAGAGCUGCUGGUACAGGUUUAAUUCAUCAUUUCUGGUUAUGUUAGUGCACUUUUUUCCACAGUGGUUUGGGAUGCAUGUGGCAUCUCCCACCACAGUGGAACCCAUUGGUUGUUACCCCCGUCCUGGCUCUGCAGAGAUUUUGCAGGUGGCCGUGGCUGUGUCCACUCCCAGGCAAGCAGGAUGAGCCCCAGAUAUUUGGGGAGGGGAUGACAGGGAUGUCUUUUCUUUUUGGGGAACCCUCCAGCUCUUUUAAAAUAUCACUUGUUGCAUCACUUAGAAGAAAAUAUAUCUUGGGUUAAUUUUUAUCCCUUCUGUUGUGGAGGGUCCAGCCAUGCCAGUGUUUUCCCAGGCUGCUGCCCCUCUGUCCGUGCCCCUGCAGUGGCACCUUCACAGCACAGUUCUUGGCUUUGAGUCUUCCUGAUGCUCCAUCCAUCUCUCCCCACCACUGACACGCCCUGGUCUCGGGGCACACAGCUCCUGCUGGCCACAGGCACCUCCUCAGCUGAGCAAAAAAGGGCAAAUGCACCCAAAUCCACGUCUGGUGCCCCCACAGAGCACCGGGUGGGCUCUGGUGUGGGCAUCCCCAGGGCUGGAAUUUCUAAGGGCUUCUGUUUUCCUUCCAAGGGCUGCUCCUGGUGCCAUGCUAACCCCCCAGAGUGGGAAGGUGGCCAAUGGGCCACGGCCCAGCUGUCCUGGACCUGGUGGCCGUUGGGCCACAGCCCAGCUGUCCUGGCCGUAGCCGUAGCAUUCAGUUUACAUUCAGCACAACCCGUUUGCCUUACUAAAAAUGCUUCUCCAAUGAGUCAUGGCCUUACACUGGGCACGUUGGCGUAGGCACAGACUACAGUUAGCGACAGUUUUGAGGCCACAGUGGUGUUCUGUUGGAUAUUUCUUGUUGGGUUUCUAUGAGUUCAUGUACUUAUUCUCAGUUUAAGAAAGCCUUACUUUUAAAUUUUUUUUUUCUCUCUCUCUCUCUGUAGAGGUAAAACAU